AUGAACCUAUUCCGAGCACCGGCUGCUCGUGCAGCAAAGACUCUCGAUAGGUCAGUGUUUGCAAAGACACUCAAUGCUACUGCGGCGUCUAUCAAAGAGAACAAGCUCCUCUCCAAGUAUCGUAAAGAACUUGAAAAGACAAAUGAGGUUCUCUUUAUGGAGAGAUUCAACCCUAUCCUGCCCGACCCUGACCCUUCGCUUGCUUCUCAGGGUAAGAAGUGUAUAGUAUUGGCCCCUCAAAUCAAGUCUACUUCUCCAGAGACAUGGAGUCCUAUUUUGCAAGAAGCCGCCAAGGUUGGUGAUAUUAAGGUGGUCCCUUAUGAUAUUGAUAUUGGUUACGAGUUCUGGACGUACAUGGAUGUCAUGAAAUCGAUUCUUCCUGAAGAUCUACACGAAGAGAUCCCAAGUGGUUUCAACACAGUAGGACACGUUGCACACCUCAACAUUCGAGAUCAGUACCUGCCCUACAAGAACAUCAUCGCCCAGGUCCUUCUUGACAAGAAUCCCCACAUCAAGACCGUUAUCAACAAGAUCGAUAAUGUCGGCUCAGAGAACGAGUUUAGAACCUUUGCCUACGAAGUCCUUGGAGGUCCUGAUGACCUGAACGUUGAAGUCAGCGAGGCUGGUUGCGUCUUCAAGUUUGAUUACUCCAAGGUAUACUGGAACAGCAAGCUCGAUACAGAGCACAAGAGAAUCGCGGGCUUGUUCAAGCCAGGUGAGGUUGUAGCAGAUGUCAUGGCUGGUAUUGGGCCAUUUGCUGUUCCAGCUGGUAAGAAGGGUGUCUUUGUCUGGGCCAACGACAAGAACCCGGAGAGUUACCGUUACCUUGAGGACGCGAUCCGCAGGAACAAGGUCUCGGAAUUCGUGAAGCCUUUCAAUUACGAUGGCCACGACUUCAUCCGCACAUCCGCAGAUCUUGUUCUGGAAGCUCACAAACGCGGCGACUGUGCAGUUAUCAAGCCUCCAAGACCAUCAAGAAAAUCUACAGCGCCGCCUUCGGAGCCUGUCCGAGUGCCCGUGCCACCAACCAUUUCCCACUUUGUCAUGAACCUUCCCGCAUCCGCCAUUGAAUUUACUCACAAUUACCGGGGUCUCUACCAUGGUCACGAGGAACUCUUUGAGCCUCACACCGAGACCAAGCUACCCAUGGUGCACGUCCAUUGUUUCUCGGUCAAGGCUGAUGAUGAGACACCAUUGAACGACGUCUGCGAACGCAUACGUAAAGAGAUUGGUGUUUUGCUCAAGACUGGCGACCCCGAAAAAGAAGGCGAAGUCCUCAUCUACGAUGUGCGAGACGUUGCGCCUGCAAAGAGAAUGUUCUGCGCUUCGUUCCGCCUACCGCGUGAGGUUGCCUUUGCUGAAAGGGCUUAG